CUGAACAGAAGACCUAGAAAGCACAAUGAGAGGCCAUUGUUUAUUGGGUUUCAUCUUAAUCUGAUCCUUUGUAAGAAAAGACUAUAAAACAAUCAACCCAAACAGAGAAAUAAAACUCAUUCUCUUGUUUCUGCUGUUCAAGCUUGUUUUCUAGGCCUGAAAUUCAAUAACAAUGGCUGAAGAGGUAAUUCUCUUGGAUUUCUGGCCCAGCGUAAUUCUCUUGGAUUUCUGGCCCAGCCUUUUUGGGAUGAGGGUGAGAAUCGCCUUAACUGGGAAGGGUGUCAGCUAUGAAUACAGAGACGAGAAUCUCCAACACAAGAGCCCACUUUUGCUGCAGAUGAACCCAGUUCAUAAGAAGAUCCCUGUGUUAGUCCAUAAUGGCAAACCCAUCUGUGAAUCUCUCAACAUUGUUCAAUAUGUUGAUGAGUUUUGGAAGGACAAAUCUCCUCUGUUGCCCUCUGAUCCAUACCAGAGAGCCCAGGCCAGGUUCUGGGCUGACUACACAGACAAGAUGAUUUAUAACUGCAUAAGGGGAAUCUACACUGGAAAGGGUGAAGAACAAGAGAAAGCUAAGAAGGAAUUCAUAGAGGUGUUGAAGGUUUUGGAAGGAGAGCUUGGAGAGAAGCCCUACUUUGGGGGUGAGAGUUUUGGGUUUGUGGAUCUAAGCUUUGUACCAUUCUACAGCUGGUUUUACGCCAUGGAGGAACUGGGGAAAUUCAGCAUUGAAGAGGGGUGCCCAAAACUGGUUGCAUGGGCCCAGAGGUGUAUGGAGAAGGAUAGUGUGGCCAAGAUCCUUCCUGACCAACACAAGGUCUUCGACUUCGUGCUACAACUGAGGAAGGAUUUUGUUAAGGAGUAGAGGAAAGGCGAGAAAUUGAGAGAGAAUCUCUCAUUUCUAGUCCUGUAGUAGGGAAUUGAAUAAUAAUUGUCACAUGAUAUCUGUGUGGAUUUUUUUUUUGGGGGGUGGUAAGGUUGUUGUUGCUUUCAAAUUAACAAACUUUUAACAUUUCGUUAAGAGUUUGAGGCUUUGGGCCUUUGAAGUUAUGUUGUUCUUUUUACCAAAGACGGAAAAAGUUAUGUUGUUC